CUCUUUCUUUUACACAAUCAAAUCUCCAUCCUUCCAGGAUGUGUUUUCCAGGAUUUGAGAGAAUUAAGGAUCCUAAAACUGGAAUCAAACUAAAUUCUGACCUAGAAUGAUGCCUUCAUGACUGGUUUGCACAAACUUGAGACUUUGAAUUUGGCAGGCAAUAAACUGAGCUCUAUCAGACAAGAAGAGUUUAAAGGCGUAGCAUCACUCAAGACUUUGCUUUUAUUUGACAAUCAGAUUGCAAGUAUGGAAGAUGGAGCCUUUGAGGGAUUGGUCAACCUUACAGAACUUAAAAUGGGCUCAAAUAAGAUCCCUCAAAUAGACAUUCGAAAGACUGUGCUCUCAGGACUUACAUGCUUAACAACUCUUGAUAUAUCCUGUAAUUGCAUCACAUAUGUAAAUGAUGAUAAAUUAAACCCUCCACCCUUCUCUCAUCUGACAUCUCUGGAGAACCUGCAUAUCCAUAGUCCGCGUCGCAAGGGACUGUCUCAUCUACCAAUCAACUUUCUUGAAGGUCUGAAAUCUUUAUUGGCAUUCAAGGCAGGGAAUCUUAACAUUAAGGACCUGCACCCAGACACAUUCAUUCACACACCCCGGUUGUGGUUCCUUGAUAUCAGUAAGAAUGAGUUCACAGCCCUCACACCAAAGCUGUUUCACCCAACCCCAAGGCUCAACAGAAUGUACCUGUCCAAAGCCCGACUUCAGUCCUUAGAUUUCCUCAUAGGAGCAAACCUCAGUAGAGUCACUUUCUUGCAGGUGAGCAAGAAUGACAUAACAGUAGUCAAUGAGACAGUGUUGCGGUAUCUCCCUGCCUUGACAUACCUGGACAUGCAAGAUAAUGCUUUCACCUGUGGCUGCAGCGAUGCUUGGUUUGUCCAGUGGAUGGAGAGCGACAACCAAACACAAGUUGAUGGUGCAGGAGAAUUUACCUGCAACUAUCCUGCUGAGCUAAAGGGCACCAAGCUGUUGGACGUUGAGCUUCAGUUCUGUACAGUACACUUAGGACUUUACUACUACAUCUCUACCACUUCUCUCGUCCUCCUCAACCUGAUAGCAUCAUUUGCCUACCACUUCCUGAAAUGGCAGGUCAUUUACGGAUAUUACCUCUUCCUGGCUUUCCUCUAUGACACCAAGCAAAGGAAUAAGCGCAUGCCUCAUGGCUGUCAGUACGAUACGUUCAUCUCCUACAACGCCCACGAUGAACCCUGGGUCCUGAGGGAGCUGCUGCCAGAGCUGGAGGGAGAGCAGGGCUGGAAGCUGUGUCUCCACCACCGGGACUUCCAGCCAGGCAAACCAAUCAUAGAGAAAAUUAUGGACGGCAUCUAUGGAAGCCGCAAGACCAUCUGUUUGAUCAGCCACCGCUACCUGGAGAGUGAGUGGUGCUCCCGGGAGAUCCAGGUGGCCAGCUUCCGGCUCUUUGAUGAGAAGAAGGACGUCCUGAUUCUGGUGUUCCUGGAGGAGAUUCAUACCCACCAGCUGUCACCCUACCACCGGAUGAGGAAGCUGGUGAAGAGACGAUCCUACCUGAGUUGGCCCAGAGCUGGUGAGCACACCGGGGUCUUCUGGCAGCAACUACGGCUGGCUUUAGAGACCAAGGACAGCCCUGCUGAGGAAAAUCCCAUCCUCUCUGGAGUGGAGGCUCUGUGAUUGUGACACCCUGAUUUGAAACAACCAUCACACUCUGAACCUUUUCUUUACAGCUACAUGAGAAUAUCAUUAAGCAAUGCUUAUACAUUUGUAAUAGGACAUUUGAUUAACCAGUUCAUGAUCACAUUUACAUGUAAGACUUAUUUUUGCUUGUAAUACUGUAGAUGUACUUAUCUGAAUGUAUUACUUGAUUUUUCCUCUAUCUUAUUUAUCUCAUAAAUGAAUGCAAUAUAAUCACACUAUUUCAGUUUCUUUGUAUCUUUUUAAUUCAACUCAUCUCUGUCAUACAAAAAUGUUAAGCAUAAAAUGUGAUAAUACAGUAUUUGGGUGACUUGUGAGUUGUUGUGUCAAGUUAAAGUAACUGCCCAGGGUUUCCAGACUUUUAUGAAAUAUGACCUAUAAUUAUUUCCAAUAUGAGUGAAAUAGUUUUAUGUUAAAUUAUGUUAAAGUAUGUUAAAUUGCAGCUUUUCAACACAACAGAAUGGUUUUGCCGUAUACGAUCAUAAAAAAUUAAUGCGAGUAGAAAGCAGAUUAGUCAGCUCAUCCUCCAAA